AGUCCCUCAAAUUGGCAGCACUGCGCUCUAAGAGACGCCAUAUUAUAAUAUUGUUGCGUCUAAAUUGGCAAGUGAUAGUGAAUAUUUUGCCGUUCUUCUGGAGGAAUUUUAGGUUCAGCAAGUUUGAACAGCAAAAAGAAUAGUUAAAUUGUGUUUUGUAUAUCGGCUAAUGAGUGAAAGAGAGGGUAGUCAUUCGCCGAACAUAAUGAACGAUCACUCACCAAGGGUCAAACACGAAGAUUCUCCAAGGAAUCUUAAGGGCAAUAGUUAUUCCAGGAGCCCGAGUAGAGACAGAAAAUAUCGGGAUGAUAGAAGUAGACGUCGAGAUGAUAGGGAUUACAGCCGAAGAGAUAGGUCACGCAGUCGAUCACGCUCAGACAGACGUCACAAGUCCUCGAGAUAUUCGCGCAGCAUGUCGCGUUCUCCUGGUUACGGAAGUCGGCGCUCUCACUCACACAGUCCUAUGUCUAGUCGCAGACGUCAUUUGAGCGCGCGGGACAAUCCCAAGCCGGGCCGUUGUUUGGGAGUGUUCGGACUUAGCGUUUACACCACCGAAGACGAGCUUUACCACAUUUUUAGCAAGUACGGUCCUGUGGAGAGGGUACAAGUAGUUAUUGACGCAAAGACCGGCAGAUCAAGGGGUUUCUCUUUUGUAUAUUUUGAAAGCAUGGAAGAUGCUAAAGUGGCCAAAGAACAGUGUUCAGGGAUGAAAAUAAAUGGGAAGAGCAUUCGAGUUGAUUAUUCGAUCACUGAGAGAGCCCACACCCCCACACCCGGAAUUUAUAUGGGAAAACCAACAUAUUCCAGUAAAUAUAAUGACCGAUACAGCGACAGGAGAGAGGUUUAUUACAAGAGUUCUAGAUACCGCCGCUCUCCUUCGCCAUAUUAUCGAAGUAGCCGAAGGAGCAGAUAUGAGCGCUCAAGAUCACGCAGCUACUCUCCACGUUUGAGAACAAGAACUUUUGGAUGAAAUUGAAGUUUAUUGAGAAAGUCUGAAUAUGUAAAAUCCCGUGAAGCUUAAUCAAAGCUGUGAAAAAAGAAUGAAACUAAGAGUUCAAUCAAGAUUUUGAUAUUGAAGAAAGAAAUGAAAAUUGUUCUGUCUUUCGAGGGCAAAAUUGCAGUUUAAGAAAAUAACAAGAGUGUCCGCAAAAGAAAAUUCUUCAGUGCAUUUAUCUGAAUUAUACCUCAUAAUUAUGAACUUCCAAGUUUUCCUCUCUCUCAUAUAUCCAAACGAUUGUCCCAUUAUCCCACUUAAAAAAAUGAUGCCAGUUGCAUUUGCAUUAUUUCCAGCAAAUUGUAAAUCUUGUGACUAUUUUUGUAGUUUUUGGAUUAAGCAAAAUCAUUUAUUUAGUCUAAACAAUGUUAAUUUAAAGUACUGCAUCAUUUCUUUUAAGUCUGACCCUAAUUUUAUCCCCUCAACAAACAGAUAUAAACUUCUCUUUCAAAAAUAUUUGUUUUAAUUGGUAAGUGAUGUUAAUUUCAUUCCCUAUUGUUUCGGUUGAAAAUG